AUCUUCUGAAGUAGAGGCGGAUAACGAUGCCCGGCUCCUACUGUGAGUACAGUCAGAUCGAUGGGAUCCGGCUGGAGAUGCGGGGAAGAACUGGUCUCCCAUUCCUCUGCAUAGUGGGAGCACUAUCACAGACCACGUGAGAGGAAUAUUCAGACGGUCCCCGACAGACCGACUCCGGCUCAUCUCUUCUGCUGCUGCCGCCUGCUGACAUGGGCUCAGCUUCCCGGAGACAGGCGUGGAGGGAGAGCGACACUCUGUCUGAAUGUAACCUCUGAUUUUUCACCGCGCUCUUUUCUUUUUUCUGUUCCUUUUGUUUUAACAGGUUUUUUUUGGGGGGGGGGGGAGUAUAGUAUAUGCUAUGGCUUGGCCGUGCAUCAGCAGAGUGUGCUGCCUGGCUCGCUUCUGGAAUCAAUUCGACAAAUCGGACCUCUCCGUCCCGCUGACCAUCCAGAACUAUUCGGACAUCUCGGAGCAGGAGGUGCGCUCCGUCACCAAGCAGCUCUCCGAUUCGGAGAAUAACUACACCAUCCAGGAGGCGCGCAUCAGAGGCUCCCAUCAGGCGCCCGCAGAUGGUACCCGAAGACCCUCCAGGGCACGGAAGGAGCCCAGCUACAAGCCCAAGGAGGACUACCACCCGCCCGGGGUGCCGUUCCCCAGCGUCACCCAGUACAAACAAGAUUUUAAACCGUGGCCCAUUCCCAGGAAGGAUAAUUUCCCCUGGAUCAAUAACGGGGGCAGCAGGAGGGACGGUGCGUCGGACAGCAUGGUAAACAGUUACCACGUCCAAGCGCAGGUGGGGGAGAGGCGGGGAGACAGGUUGGAGCAGCAGGUGAUGGAGGAGAACAAAACCAGCUCCUACAGGCAAGAGUACAAGCCAUGGACAGGGGUGAAACCAGCCAGAAGUGCAAGGAGAAUCCCUCCAGCUCAGUACUCCAGCCCAGGGACAGAGACCACCUACAUCCCACGUGAGACCAGCUACCAGGCUGCCUACAGUGGUGAGGUCAGCAGGGCCAUGAGCGGGCACAAGGCUGAACUCCUCCCCCCAUCCACUGCCUCCAACAUCCACCCUGUCUCCAACACUCAGCACAACCUGGCAGGCCCGCGAGCCGGCAGCUCCCUGAGCCCCCACAGCCUCCAGCAAAGCAUCCUGCCAGAGAGCACCGAGCACACUGGAACAACCAAAAGAGAGGAGCCUCUGGUGAGGACCAAACUGCCCCCGAACCCUUCUGCCGUCUUUCAAAGCGGAUCGAGGGUCUUCAACAUCUGACAGCUGCUUCGACUCUUCCCCAGCUCUGUUUUGUUUGCUUUUGGUUUUAAGGAAACAGCAGGGGAAUAUUUCCAGUCCAUUCCACAACACAAGAAUCUAUGCAAGGGAAUGUUGUUGUUGUGAACGCUGUUGAACAGCAGCUUAUUAUCCCAGUUUGGAGAGAUAAACCACACCUUUUGAUACUCCUCCAGGCUACUGUUGCUACAAAUGAAAAUGCAUGUAACAGAAUAGUAUAGAUACACAAGAAACUGGCUGCUCUGUAUGCUUGUGUUUGUGUGACUGCUUUUUUGUCUUUGAUGCAUAUAAUGUUGACUCUGCACCAAUAAUCCUGGACAUUAUUUAUCAUAAAGUGUGUUUGCUUAGAGUGUUAUGCUGCCCUUUGGUGUCACUAGAAAUCUGCCUGAAAAUAAUUUAUUACCUUUACAUUUAGUUAAUGUUUAAAGAAAACAUCGUUUAGUCCGUUGUUGGUAAAUAUCUUGUUAAGAGAAAGAGUAAUCAAAUGAUCCAAUAAGUUGAAUUACAAUAAAAUAUUGUUAACAAGG